AUCCUCGACCACUACAACCUUAUGUUCGUCAACUUGUAUAAAUACAUUUACAUUUCAAUUCUUAAUUCAAUCUCAAUUCUUGUUUCUUUACUUUAUCUUCUCUCUGAUUUUCUUCUUCUUCUUCUUCUUCUUCUCUGUCAAACGCAGCCAUGGCUCAGACCGUUGUCCUCAAGGUUGGCAUGUCAUGCCAAGGCUGCGUUGGUGCUGUGAAAAGGGUUCUGGGGAAAUUGGAAGGCGUGGAAUCAUUUGACGUUGAUAUAGAUCAGCAGAAGGUGACAGUGAAAGGCAAUGUGCAGCCAGAGACAGUUCUUCAAACUGUUUCAAAAACUGGAAAGAAGACUGCCUACUGGGAGGAGGCAGAACCCGUGGCAAAGGCAGCGGAGGCUGAAGCAAAGCCUGCAGAAGGAGAAGCUAAACCAGCGGAAACCGAAUCAAAGCCUGCAGAAACCGCGCCUGGUGCUUGAAGUCUCAACUUCAUUUGCGUAGGCCUAUUGAGGAUCAUGUUACUCUCAUUUUAUAUUUGACUUUAUAUAAAUUUGUAUUAUUUAGUGGACACUUGUUUGUUACAGGCUGCAAUAUCUCAUGUUUAUUGUGUUUU